GUUCCAAAUAGUGGCUAUGGGGAAGAACGCUUUAUGCCAUCAUGAUCAGCUCGUCGAACUCUACUAACCAGGAUGUGUCUCAUUGAAAAGUGAGAGUGGCACUUGGAGACCUUCCCUCGUAAGCGUAGGAGAUCUCAUUCGUUCAUUCUACCUGGGAACAAAAGAUAAGAUUUUGGCAGUUAUUAAGCUCAGAGUAUCCAGUGUGAGGUUUUAAUAUUCAAAAAAGAGUUGUAAGUUGUUUCAUUGCUAUAGAAGGAUUUUGCAGACCGUUAUUUAUUUUAUAGAUGAAAGAGUCAGUUCUUAGGCUGACAACAGCUGAUUAAAAUUCUGAUCUGAAUUGAUCAGAGGUAACAAUCUUGCAAGAAAUACGAUAUGAGUAGUGAUAUAUCAGAACUGUUGUAAGAAGCGCUACCAAAAACAACUUCAUUUAUUUCUUUUAUUUACCACUUGGUCCGCUAAAUUUGCUAUCGAAAUGAAAUAUUUCGGUACGUUCUUUUAUUUUUGUAUUAUGUUCCUUUCAUAAUUUUCGAAUGGUGAUUUUAACUAAAUACAAAUAACCACCAUAGAUUUAUAUUUUCUGAACGAAAGAUCUUGUAGAGUGUGUGUACAUGUAAAAAUCUUCAGUACACUUUUGUCUUUAAUUUGAGACGUCUCAGAGCUAUGCGCAUCUUGUCGUUCCAAAUUUAUAAGAAAACAAAAUGCCAAAGAAAAAACACCUAACAAAAGUUCACUCCAGUAGUACAGUCAACUGGUCAAGUCAUUUAUUUAUUUAAAUUGUUAUUAUUGAUCAUGUAUUCGGUUAAGAUGAUAUCGAUAAACAUCUCAAACCUUAAGAGAAAUAAUCACCCGUUGAUACAUGCGCCAUUUUUAUUUAUUUUUUCUCCUUGUUUACAUGGACGUAUUGAAGGUCUAAAUAGUCGAAAGGAAAAUUUUUCAACAAAGAUAGCUUGAAAGUUUUUUAUUUAAGAAUCUUUGAUGAUAAUGAAUCAAAAAUUGUCAAAGACUUACAAGGGUUAUUUUAUCGAGGCUCUCGGGGGGGGCAGUAGUUUUAAAAAUCGGAGAAACUGUUUAAAAAUUUUUCGAGUCGACAGUUUUUUGUACAAAUGUUUGUUCUACAAAAUAAGACAUUGUCGACUUUCUCACGACGGUUGGUCGAUGAGAUACAAUGGUUUUACGUGAAAAAUCGAGCGGUUACUAGAAAAAAAUUCAUAUCUCAUCGAUGAACCAUCGUGAGAAAGUCUACAAUGUCUUAUUUUGUAGAACAAACAUUUGUGCACAAAACUGUCGACUCGAAAAAAUUUUAAAAAGUUUCUCCGAUUUUUAAAACUACUGCGGCCAAGAGCUCCGAUAAAAUAACCGUUGCAUGCCUAAUUGUAUAAUAACGAGUAAUAGUUAUAUUAUUAUUGUUAUUUGUUGUUGUUAUUACUCUAUUUCUAUUAUUUGUUUAGUAUUUUCUUGCUGUUUCCAGUUCUUGAAAAUUUCCGAAGCAGCAUAUUUCAUACCUGGACGAAAACGUUUUGCCAAAUUUGAAGUAGUACUCAGAAUUGUUUUACCAGCGUUGGGAUUUAACACAUAUUAUUUCGAAGUAAACGCCUUUACUGGAAAUAAGUCAGAAUCCGAAUUUGAAGCAUCGGGUGCUUACAUUUUUCGUCCUCAAAGUGAAGAUUCAUAUUCUGGUAGUGAUACACGUACAAUAACUUGUGUGAAAACUGAAAUUGUUCAAACAGCACAAAUGUGCCAGAAAAACACAUUUAAAGCGAAUCCAAUUGAGUAUUUUAUAAUGCGACGUCAAUUUUGUUUAUUAUGUAUGAAACAAGACAAAAUAGCCAAGUCGAAUUACUACACAGUUUCCAGUAUCGCUGUAGAACGUAAACUGACACAAACCUACGAAUCUUUACACCAUAAAAAAUUAUCACACGCGUUGUUAAAUGAACAAGUACACAAAACAUGCUACGACAAAUAUCGUAGUCGUUAUCACAAUUCUCAAAUAUCAGUACGUGCGUCGUCGUUAUUCAGCAAUCCGAAUACAAGAAUACCGUUACCAAAUAGUAUGAAUAAUACAUCACCAACACCCUUAUUGACGGAAACAUCAAAUGGAUCAUUACUUACGAUCGACGGCAAACGCCAGAUUCGAACGUUAUCAUCAAUAACAUGGGUACCAGCGGAAACAGUUGAUCAACGAUUAAAACUAACAGAUGAAAUUGACACAUAUAAUUUAACAUCGUUGACAAAUCCGAAAGAUUCACCUUUGUUCAUGAGAUAUUGUGAUAGAAAGGCGAGUUUAAAGAGAAGAAGUACAGCCAAGCGUAAAUUGGACUAUGAACAAGACAAUCUAUUAGUAUUAUCAACACCGACAAGAACAACAAAUAGUCUGUAUAGUAACGAUAUGUUAGCAACAAGACAAAGUCGGUUGCAAGAACGUACAACAAGCAGUCCCAGCAUAAAAUCAAAGUUUAGAAAAAAUUUAUAUAAACAGAGAGUGUGUUCAGCCGAUCGUCGCCGUUGCUCUCAUCAUAACAACUCACAAAUAUCUAUUGAUCGUAGCACGUUUACGUACCUUUCAAAUGACAUACAAAAAUCAUCCUUGUACCCAGAUGGGUUUGAAGAAAUGUGUGGAUGGCUCGAAGAUACAUUAAGAACAGGUGCUUUAAUCUCACUAACCAAAAUUCAAGAGAUAUUCCAACAUCUAUCACAGCAUCGAAAUGAACCAUUAUCACAAUCAACACUUCGGACAACAUCUAUUCGUGAGCGACUCAAUCAGAGGUAUGGUGAUAAACUACAUUUCACAAAAUUAAGCAAACGAGGUGGAAUGUAUGUGUGUUUAAACGAUUUAUCCUAUCAUGCACUUUUGGCAUUAAAAAAUUCGUCGUCAGAUAGUAUUACUCACAAUACAUAUCGUCCCAUUCUCAAUCACAUUAGUGCCGAAGAAAAACAGAGAAAAUGUGAAAUUUUAUUCGAUGCUGUCCAGAUACUACGACAAACAGUCAACGACAACUAUCAUUUUUUUAAGAAAUUAAAAGAAGACCGUCAAAAAUUAGCUGCUUUCACUUCGAAUUUAUAUUGGGAUUGUGCACCAACAUUACUAAAAAAUAUAAUUGGCAUGUUAACUAGCAACGAUGUACAGUUUCAAAAUUUUAAACGUGAAUACGCUACGCUACAUACAACAUUUUCGACAACGACAUUUAUCGAUCGUCUAAGAAAUCGUUAA